AUGAUUACCAGGCAAUUUCGUAGUCAUUUACUAAGAGGAGCUACAUUUGAAUCCUUAGUAUCGUUUGGAACGUAUGCCGUACGUUUUAAUGUCGAGGAAAGUGUGCUCACCACUAUCAAACUUGACGACAUAUCAAUUAUCAAACCUGUGAAAAAGAAGGCCCAGAAAAGGCGUACAUCUCAUAGCAAAAGAUCUUUCCAAAUAAAUCUGAGUGAUGUCUCAACUUUGGAUGAUCAAAAUUCUAAUGCUCCAGUUAAAACGUCACUCGUAACAGAAAGAAACCAUGAAGUGAAGUUAACUCCACUAUACUCUCAGGUGAAAACAACCAUUGAUCAAUUCGAAACUAAUAGUAAGAAGCACAUUGUGUUGACUCAGGUGGGAUCUUUUUACGAGCUAUAUUUUCAGCAUGCGAUAAAGUAUGCGCCUGAGUUGAACCUUACAUUGAGUUCAAAAAAAAUCAGGGACAUGGAGAUUCCUUUUGCAGGCUUUCCUGAUCAUGCUGUGGAUAAGUACUUAAAAAUGAUUUUCGAUUUAGGACAUACGGCGGUUAUAUGUAAUCAAACCAACGGAUUAUACGAAAACAAAAUUCAAAGGCCAGUAAACAGAUUAAUAACUCCAGGAACAGUUAUUGACGAUUCGUUAAGAGACUACCACAAUAAUAAUUAUCUACUAACCAUUACAUUUCCAAAGGAUCCAUUGAAAGAAAUUGAUGGAGUCAAUGUCGGCCUGGCUUGGGCUGAUGUUGGCUUAGGAACAUUCCAUGUUUUGGAGACGACUUUAUCGCAGUUGAUGACCCAUGUUUCUCGUAUAUCUCCGUCUGAGAUCCUCAUAAACGAAGAGGUUGAUUUAGAAACAUUGAUCUCAGGAAAGUGGUAUCCGGAGUUAGUUGAAUUUAAACGAUAUUUUAUCACAAGGCAAAAGCUUCCCUCUGCAAGAAAAAAAAUCAAUAGUUUCUUCAAAAGAUUUGUUGAUCCUGAGCAUAAUAUUAAAGCAGCGUAUGACAAUUUUAAGCAAAAGGAACAAUCAGCUAUGUUAUCUCUUUUACAUUAUUUGGAUGAGUGUAUUCCAAAUUACAAGACUAAUUUUUCAUCUCCGACUCGGUCCAUUUCGAAUACCUUGAUGCAAAUUGAUCCCAAAACCAUGCUUGAUUUGGAACUGAUUCAAACUCGUCAAGGUGGGUUCAGAACCGGUAGUUUAGUUUCUAUUAUUGACCUUACCUUGACGCAUGCAGGUUCAAGACGAUUGAAAUCUUGGUUAUCUGCUCCCUCUGCAGAACUGUCAAUUAUUCAAGAACGUCUUUCCUUGGUGGAGCUAUUCAGAUCCAAUAGGCUACUAUCUGAAGAAUUAAGGCUACUGAUGAAGGACACAGCAGAUAUCAAAAGAUUGAUGAGGCGCAUAAAUAAUGGUAAAGUGGAUCCCAUGGAGUUAGUAUUGGUGGCCAGGACGAUUCUACAAUUGCAAGACAUGGAAUCAUUAAUCAGCGAACAAUCUCCACAUAUUCAAAAACUACUUUUGCCUCUUUAUCAAACUCUUUCUGAUGAUGGACUACUUGAAAAACUGUCUAAAGAAUUGCUUACUGUCAUCGAUGUUGAAAAUCUAGGGAAAAAAACUGAAAAUAGGCUAGAUACUACCGUUAUCCGAAAGUAUUGGAGCAUCACCGAAACCGUUUCUCCAAAACUCGUAACACUGAGAAAACGCUAUUCCAGGUUGGUUAACAAAUGUACACAAUUAUUAGAGACCUAUGAAAGUGAAUUGAAGGCAAACAACAUUAAUUACAAGGGUUUGCAUUUACUGAAAGAUGUUCGAUCAGGUGAAUUCUUAUUAGAAAUUAAGUCGACUAAUGCCAAUAGUCUAGCGUCAACCGUUUCUAUUUUCAAGGAUAGGCUACGUGAUAAAACCAGAAGUAGCUGCCGUUUGGUGGAUCCUGAGUGGACGGAGUUGGGUACGAGGUUGGUUGAAACCGAGUACUUGAUACUAAAAGAGGAGGAAACGAUUCUCGAGUCUUUCAGGGUUCGAUUACUAGCGUUAACUAAUGAUAUUAGGAAUGCGUCGUAUAUUAUAGAGAAACAGGAUGUCUUAAUUUCGUUCUCUAUUCUUGCCCGUAACAUGAAUUUGAACAAGCCCCAUAUAGAUGAAAGCCUAGAGUUAGAUGUGGUUGAUGGUAGGCAUAUUGUUGUGGAGGAAGGACUUAAGCAAAAUUUAGGCGAAAUACAAGAUUUCACCGCCAAUGAUUGUCAACUUGAUACAAAGAAACCAACAUGGAUAAUAACAGGGCCAAAUAUGGGAGGUAAGAGCACUUUUUUGAGGCAGAAUGCUCUGAUAGUUAUACUGGCGCAGAUAGGUUCCUUUGUGCCAGCUUCAAGUGCUCGUAUUGGGAUCGUUGAUAAGAUUUUUACCAGAAUCGGGUCAUCAGACAACAUUUAUAGAAACCAAAGCACGUUUAUGGUGGAAAUGACGGAGACUGCAGCAAUUCUGAAGGAGUCGACUCCAAGGUCAUUGGCUAUAGUUGACGAAUUGGGAAGAGGUACCUCCAUGAGGGAAGGCAUUGCCAUUGCAUACUCCUGCCUUUUUUUUUUAUCUACAAGGAUAAAAUGUCGAACUUUGUUUGCUACUCAUUAUGGAGCAGAGCUUGAAGCUUUACUUCUUGAAGACACUGCAUUUAUGGAAUUGAUUGAAUUCCAAAGAACAAGAAUCAUAGAAUUGGAAAAGAACACAUCACUUCCUAUAUCGGACCGCAUCAUUUUUGAUCACCGUCUUAAACCAGGAAUCAGCGCACAUUCCUACGGUUUAGAAAUUGCUGAACUUGCUGGAUUUCCAAGAGAGUCAAUAGAGGUGGGAAGGAUGGUGAUGGACAGAUAUGAAGAAAAUAGAUGA